AUGGGCUUCCUCAGGAUGAAGAGUGCAAUUAAACCAGUUUCUUUAUUAAAAUUUACCUUAAAUACAUAAAGCAAUUUAGCCAGUGUAUUAAGAGCUGUUUAAAAAAUUCAGACAUCAAGGAGUUUGAAGAAAUAAAAUCUAUAGAAAGAGAUUAUCAAAAUAAUAGAGGAUUCAUGUCACUUGACUAUUUAUUGUUUAAUAAGUAAAAAUCAAGAAGAACUACUAACUAAACAAAAGGAAAUGAAGCUUGAAUUAUAACCAAAUUCGAAAAAUUAUGUGAAGAAAUUAGAAGUGAAUCAGAACAAGGUGUAAUUUUAUAAGAGUAUUCUGUCGAAUAAUAUUAGUAUAUUACUUCUUGGUUCCGUGAAUACCUUUUAAGAACAGACAAUGAGCUAAAAUACAUUUCUUUGUUUCUUAAAUAUCUUAACAACAAUUCUUCUUUUAGAUGAGAAAAGAUUUAAAUUUAUGCUAUUUCUGGUACGAAUUAUAAAAUUAAUUUAAUAUCUACGAAUUUUUAAUCAAAAUGUAAAAUUUGGAGGUUUGAAUGAAAAAUCUAAACUAGAUAUGAUGUGA